CUCUCACUCCCCGGAGGUGAUUAUAUCCCAACACUUAUAUCCAUCUUUCAUCUCCACUGUCCUCUGACCUUCACUCAUCGACUGUUUGUCCUCCUUAAACCCUCCCCUUCCCUCAUCUGUCUACACAAACACACAACCUCUUUUUUUAUCUUCCCCUCCGACCUUUGUUCUACUUCUCAAACAUCCCUAAUCCCCUCUCUCUCUUUUCCCCUCUUUACCAUCCUCUGUGAAUCAAUCACCACAACGACCUUUCACGCCCAAUGCAUCAUCAGCCCUCUGGACUUCUUCUUGUGGUGUCACGGAAACCCUCUCACUCUUCUAAUCCUCAUCCUGAUUGGUCGACAGGCUCCUGCAGCCAUUUUUUGAAUCAGGAUCAGCUUCAGAGUCGAGCCAAAGCACGCAUCGUCUUUCAAAAUUUUCUCUGAGUUUCUCAGAAUUGAGAAGCAGCCAUGCUGGAGAAAAUGUCCAGACGUAACCGCUCCCUGCUGUCCCUGUUCCUCACCUCUCUGGCCCUGACUCUGUCCGUCUCGGCUUUCUGCACCUCCUACUGGUGCGAGGGAACACACAAGGUGGUGAAGCCGCUCUGCCUGUCGCCAGUCAAAAUGAAGAACUGUGGGCAGAACAACAGCCAACCAUACACCACAGAGGCCCCCACCCCUGACCCCAAGAACCCCCCGUCCAACGUGACGCUGUCUCCGCUGCAGAAAGAGGAGUUGGCCAGAAUAAAGAGGAAGCAGCUGGCCAAUGCCGUCCACUAUAUCUGGGAAACUGGCGAGGACAAGUACAUGCUGCGUUACUUCCACACUGGCUUCUGGCUCUCCUGUGAGAAGCACAAUGAAGGUGAUGAUCAGGAAGAAAAGUGUCGCAGCUUCAUUGAGCUGACGCCAGGAGAAACACAAGGUGUCCUCUGGCUGUCAGUCAUCAGUGAGUUCAUGUACAUUGGUCUUCUGGCCAUGGGCUUCCUGCUGAUGUGUGUGGAAGCGAUUUGCCUCUGUGCCAAGAGGGAGAUGAACGCCCUCAAGAUCAACGCCUUCGCUGCCAUGUGCACCGUCCUCUCAGGUAUGAUGGGGAUGGUUGCACACAUGAUGUACACCACAGUGUUUCAAAUGACUGUCAGCAUUGGACCCAAAGACUGGAGGCCACAGACCUGGGACUAUGGAUGGUCCUUUGCCAUGGCGUGGCUGUCGUUCAGCUGCUGCAUGGCGGCCGCCGUGGCCACACUCAACUCCUACACAAAGACCAUCAUUGAGAUGAAGCACCGUGCCCGGGUUAGGCUGGAGGAGGCCCGAGCCGCCGCCCGCGCCCCCUCCUAUGAGGAGGUCGUUCGAGCCGGUGGUGGAGGGGUUUACUCCGUCAGUCAGCUGAUUCAGCUUGGCCAGCAAGGGGUGCUCAUGGAUCCGCUGUGGCCCAGAGGAGUGGGACCAGCUGUCGGACCUCUGGCAUGUGGAGCUGGGGGAGCGUUGCUCGUAGGUGGAGGAGGAAUUGGAGUCGGAGGGAUGGGAAUGGGAGGAGUUGGAGUGGGAGGAAUGCCUGCCAUGGGAGGAGUUGGGGGAAUGGGAGUUGGGGGAAAUGGGGUCGGAAUGGGAAUGGGAGCAGUAGGGGGAACAGUGGGAGCACUGGGAGGAGUUGGAGUGGGUAUGGGAAGGCUGGUUGACCCUCAUGGUGUGGUGGUGGUGGAGGGAUGUGGCACUGAAGGAUGUGAAGACUGUGAACGGGAGAUGGACGAGAUAGAUUACACUCUGCAGGAGGAGAGAGAGGACUCACUUUGCUAAGAUUUUGGGGGGCAGAGAACUGUGACGAACAUCUUGUCAGGACUGGAUCUACACAUAAUAUUUACAGUCCAAGACUACGAGACUUGAACAUACCAGUCCUACCUUUGUAUAUAUGCUAAUCAAAGCAUUCAAAUAAUGACUGUAGCAUGAUACAUUUCCAGACUGUUACUGUUGCAGCAGUUACACAAUAAUUUCAAGCUGUGUCAUUUGAUUUAAUGACCACUAGGGGGCAUAGAAACUCCAGAACAAUCUUACAGACUCACACUUCUGAUACACUGUUAGUUUAUCACUUUGUUACAGCUAAUGAGUUAGCAGAAAAUUGCCGACUUACACUAACAACAUUAGUGUAAGAAGGCAACAUUAUUAUCCCAUUGUGUUUCUACUCAUGCUCCUUUCAGCUCUGGUUUGGUCUCUACCAACAGAAAAAUCUUCCAGCAGGUAGUUGGGUGUUGAUUCUCAUUGGGUUCAGUACUAGUGACUCAGCUGUGCGAACGACUUUGCUGGUAAAAUUGUCAAUAUUAACAGUGAAAUAAAGCUCACUGAAGUUUAAAAUGGUAUACUACUUGAUGCAAGUGUAAAACUUCAGUAUAUUUUGAGGUACUUUUUUUUAAUCACGUCUAAGGCCAAGUUCAGGGUAAACGAACUCAGCCCAAUUGUGACACGUUGUUGUUGUGGCUGACAAAUUUCCAGUGUCACAACUGAAUAUGAACAUCAGGAAAUGAUGUGAUGUGAGUGAUGUGAGUUUACAAGAGAAGAAAUAUGGUACAAAUGUGGAAUAUGAUGUUAUUCUUGUUUUUUUAUUCAGUGUUUGCAUGAAUGGAUUGAAAUCCCCUUUAGUACAGUGAGAAAUAAAAACAAAUCAUGUUCACUGCAUGUUUUAUCAACACACAGUAGCUUUGUUGUAGACAAACUCUAUUUAUUUGCAAUAUCAAGCUGCUCUCAA